AGUGCGGGGACUGUGAGAUGAUUAAUUUCAUUUCGGCCGCCGAGCACCUUUUUUUUGGGAACGACCUUUGACCCGCGCCCAGCCGGUCCGCCGUCUGGCACGAACAGCAAGAUCAACAGCCCGACAUGUCGUCCGACUACAAGAAGCUCGGCAUCAAAAAGUAUCCCCGCCUGCAGACCCGACAGACGGCCGAGACCCGGUACUGGAGAAAGUUCAAGAGUCCUAUCCUGGUCAAAGAGUACGCCGCGGUUACUGGAAUCCACUUUUCGCCAGUCGCUCCCUUUGACUUUGCCGUGACGAGCUCAGCGCGAGUCCAGAUCUACAGCCAAACAACGCACUCUGUCAAAAAGUCCAUCUCACGAUUCAAGGAUACGGCAUAUUCUGGAACGAUUCGUGAUGACGGGAAGCUCUUGGUUGCGGGCGAUGCCAGUGGCCUCGUCCAGGUCUUUGACCUCAACAGCCGAGCUAUCCUGAGAACGCUGGAGGGACACAAAGAUGGCGUACGAGUCGCCAAAUUCUCCUCCCUAAAGACGCAAGUGCUCUCGGCCUCGGACGACAAAACGGUCAAGCUCUGGGAUGUCCCUGUUGGCGAGAACAUUGUCACCUUUGACGAGCACGAAGACUAUGUUCGAUGCGGCAUGGUGUCGCAAGAGAACAGCAACUUGGUUCUCACGGGCUCAUAUGAUCACACCGUCAAGCUCUGGGACGCCAGAGCCAAGGUCUGUGUGGCUACGAUGAACCACGGAUUCCCGGUCGAAUCGGUGCUGAUGUUCCCGGGCGGUGGCCUUGUAGCCUCAGCUGGCGGGGCCCAUCUGAAGAUUUGGGACAUACUUGGCGGUGGCCGCCUGAUCCAGUCUCUAUCGAAUCAUCAAAAGACGAUCACAUCCAUGUGCUUUGAUGGAAGCUACUCUCGAAUUCUCACGGCGUCUCUGGAUCAGCAUGUCAAGAUCUAUAACGUUCAGGACUACAAAAUCACACACAGCGUCAAAUACCCCGCUCCUAUCCUGAGUAUUGGUCUAUCGCCGGACGACACUCAUUUGGUUGUGGGUAUGACAUCGGGCCUGUUGUCGAUUCGACAACGCGUUGUAAAAACCCAGGAGCUCGUCAAUGCCCAGCGCCAGACUGAGGAGCUGCGAGGCGGAACCUACAAAUACUUUAUCCGUGGCUCAAAGAAUCUGCCUGGAAGCGAUGACCUGAAAAUCGAAUCGCGGCGAAAGAAGCGGCUCCGCAGCUACGACAAAUAUCUCAAAACCUUCCAGUACGGCAGCGCGCUAGAUGCCGUGCUCGCCACGAACCAACCGGUGCUGAUCAUUAGCUUGUUGGAGGAGCUCAUUCACCGCGAUGGCUUGAAGAUUGCAUUGGGAGGACGAGAUGAGGAUUCCCUCGAGCCCACGGUGCGAUUCUUGAUGAAGAACCUCACCAAUCCAAGAUACUCGUCGCUCCUGAUUGACAUCUCAAAUCUUAUUCUGGAUAUGUAUGGCUCAGUCAUCGGUCAGUCCAUCAUAAUCGACGAGCUGCUCUCGUCUAUGAAGCAAAAGAUGAGAGACGAGCUGAACGUCCAGGAGAAGAUCACCGAGGUGCUUGGGUUUCUGGACACACUUUUUUCAUCGUCGCUCAAAAUAUAACUCAUGACGCCCCAAAGAGACUGGCUGCCCUCAAGCCGAGAAGGCAAGUGUGGGCCAACGGAGCACGGCCGAGGCAUGCUGCACCCAGUGUUGCCCAAAUACGUCACACUCGAGUACACCGGCAUCCAUGUCCAUAAGUCCUGAAAUAUACACACACGUCGAUUCAAGGCGUACUGAGCGGCUAUGCUGGUUGGCCC